AUGUGGUGCUCUCCCUUGAAGUAUAUGGGAGAGUUGGGAGUUGGAUUUGGAACAGGAGAGGAGCUUGCAGUUGGAUGUUUAAUAGAUGCUGUGACAGGAGGAGGAGAUGCUGAGUUUGUAGAAUUGAUUGCGGAGCAGAUGGCCCAUAACCCGCCAUUAGAUUCGGGUAUUCUCCGAAGAAACCCCCAGGACGAUUUUGAGCUUAUUCAGCGGGUCGGGAGUGGCACCUAUGGAGAUGUUUACAAGGUGAUGCCCCUCAACUGUCAGAUUCUGACAUCAGAGAUGACUAUUGCAAUCAUACAGCAGGAAAUCGUCAUGAUGAAGGACUGCAAACAUGAUAUUCUUCAUAAUAGUGGGUUGUUGUUUUUCUGUAUAGAAGAGAUAAAUUAUGGAUUGCUAUUGACAACUAUGGAGGUGGCUCAUAACAUUUACCACAUAACGGGGCCUUUGGCAGAGCCACAGAUUGCUUUUAUUUGUCGAGAAACAUUAAAAGGUUUAAUGUAUCUACACAACAGAGGGAAAAUGCAUCGUGACAUUAAGGGUGCUAAUAUUUUGUUAACAGAUGAAGGGGACAUAAAAUUAGCUGACUUUGGUGUUUCUGCACAAAUAACUCAAACUAUGUGCAAGAGGAAAUCAUUUAUUGGGACCCCAUACUGGAUGGCCCCAGAGGUGGCUGCAGUGGAGAGGAAGGGGGGAUAUAAUCAGCAGUGUGAUAUAUGGGCCGUGGGAAUCACAGCUAUAGAGUUUGCCGAAUUACAGCCCCCAAUGUUUGAUCUUCAUCCCAUGAGGGCUUUAUUUUUGAUGUCCAAAAGUGGAUUCAAGCCACCACAGUUAAAGGACAAAAACAAAUGGUCCCAGAUAUUCCAACAUUUUAUCAAAGUCGCACUCACAAAAAAUCCCAAGAAGAGGCCCACGGCUGAAAAGCUUUUAGAGCAUCCAUUUGUAC